AUGGCUGGAUGGCCUGGAUUCUGGGUGUCGUCGGUUUGUUGCAGCCGGUGGCGGUGGCGGUGCUCGCGGCGGUUGGUGUUGCAUCUGGUAAUCGUCUUCGGUGGCGGCAACCACAGCGCACACGACAGCAGUGUUGACCAGAUGGUGACGUGGGUUUUCGAGGGAACCUGCUCAGCCAUGUAUGACCGUCUCAAGACGAUUUCAAGUCUUGCUUUUCGUAUAAUUUUAGUCCUGCAGAGUAUUGUAUCGCGUGAGUGUGCCAUGGACUGUGACAAUAUUGUCCGUGAUCUAGCGAGGGUGAUGGACGUGUUAGACGCGGAAAUCGAAACGGUUGAGGGUGCCCUUGAGGCCGUUGCUGGACAGAUAGCGACGUGCACAGACAGGGACAGCUUAGCGGACUUGCGCGAUGAGGAAGAGCAGCUGCGCGAUGAGGAGAAGCAGCUACACGAAGCGAAGAAGGUGCUCUUUAAGCUCAUGCUCCGCCACAGUGAGUAG